GAUUUGUUUACACGUUUCCACAUUGGAUAUUUUUGUUGCCGGUGCUUCACGCGGAGGAUUUGGACAUUUUUUGGAGAGGAAAUGCGAUGGGAAUCCCAUAUGAAGAGCGCUAAUAAAUGAGAGAUCACCAAGGAGCGUUUCUGUCUCUACCACCCGUCAAAUCCCAGAGAAAAGACAGAUUGGCAUGAGGAUUCGUGCGGGAUACGAUGGACCGUCAAUUUUGACAGAGAAGUUUUAAGAAGAAGAUAAAAAUAAAGAUUUAUGCAUUUUUCUACAAACGCAGCCACGCGUUUUGGCACUUUGGACCGCGCGUAAAAAAGCGAGAGGACAGCGAGAACUUGGACACAAGAUUUACGCUAAAACAUCUCUGCUAGUCUUCAUUUUAAAAAAAAAAAGAAGAAGAAAAUCACCGUGUCUGCUCUGCAUCGCUGAAGAAGCCCACGGCCGUACAUCCCUCCAGUCUGCGGCACAUGUUGUAGCCGAUUUCGUAUAUGAGUUUUUCAAUUUGUGUGGCUCAGUGCACAGACUCUUUAGCGGCUACAAUGGACGAUCAAGCCCGGAUCAUGCAGUCGAUCGGCGGCGUUAGUCUGGCUGGCCACUCGGUACAAGGAGGCAUGGCACUGCCGCCUCCACAUGGACACGAUGGGACAGACGGAGACGGAAGAAAACAAGACAUUGGUGACAUUCUCCAUCAAAUAAUGACCAUAACUGAUCAGAGUCUGGACGAGGCGCAAGCAAAGAAACAUGGACUGAACUGUCACAGAAUGAAACCAGCACUCUUCAGCGUUCUCUGUGAAAUCAAAGAAAAGACAGGUCUCAGCAUCCGUGGCGCCCAGGAGGAGGACCCCCCGGACCCUCAGCUCAUGCGCUUAGACAACAUGCUGCUGGCAGAGGGCGUGGCGGGACCAGAGAAAGGCGGCGGAUCUGCCGCCGCCGCAGCUGCAGCCGCAGCCUCGGGCGGGGCGGCCGACAACUCCAUCGAACAUUCCGACUACAGAGCCAAACUCACCCAGAUCAGACAGAUCUACCACACAGAGCUGGAGAAAUACGAGCAGGCAUGUAACGAAUUCACUACCCAUGUGAUGAACCUGCUGAGGGAACAGUCUCGCACGCGGCCCAUCUCUCCCAAAGAGAUUGAGCGCAUGGUGGGAAUCAUCCACCGUAAGUUCAGCUCCAUCCAGAUGCAACUGAAACAGAGCACCUGUGAGGCUGUCAUGAUCCUGCGCUCCAGAUUCCUUGAUGCCAGGCGGAAAAGGAGAAACUUCAGCAAGCAGGCGACGGAAAUUUUGAACGAAUAUUUCUACUCGCACCUCAGCAACCCGUAUCCGAGCGAGGAGGCGAAAGAGGAGCUGGCCAAGAAGUGCAGCAUCACAGUUUCCCAGGGGGUGGGAAGCACCAUCACAGUAUCACAGGUAUCCAACUGGUUUGGCAACAAAAGGAUCCGGUACAAGAAAAAUAUCGGCAAGUUUCAGGAAGAAGCCAACCUGUAUGCCGCCAAGACUGCUGUAAAUGCAGCACAUGCUGCAGCCGCUGCAGUGCAGAACAGCCAGGCCAACUCCCCUACCACACCUAACUCCGGAUUCCAGAUGAAAGAUGAAGAGUUUCAGCUGGAUUCUGCAGAGAGCAAAAACACUCUUUUAAGCAACAUGUUUACUGGUUCUUCAGGUUCUUUUAACCUCCCAAACUCUGGGGACAUGUUCUUGAGCAUGCAGAGUCUGAAUGGGGAUUCUUACCAAGGGGCACAAGUCGGAGCCAAUGUACAGUCACAGGUGGAUACCCUGCGCCAUGUUAUCAGUCAGACGGCAGGAUACAAUGAUGCUCUUGGGGGAAACACGAUGUAUAGUCCACAUGGCUUGAAUGCUAAUGGGGGAUGGCAAGAUGCAACGACUCCGUCUUCUGUAAUAUCUCCGACAGAAGGACCUGGAAGUGUGCACUCCGAUACCUCGAAUUGAUCCGCUAUUAAUGCAUCUUCGCCUCAAGCUGGGCAUGGACUCUCUCUAACUGUCUGACCAACUGCAGAGGAUAUUAAAAAGAAAAAAAAAUCACUACAAAUUUGUUUUCCUGUACCUUAAAAUUUCCCACGACCAUGCCACACAAAUGACAUCCUCCAUCACGAACACUGAGUGUUUUCCUGAUUGUUCAGUGCUUUCUUUCUGUCUUCAUAAAUCAGCCGUUAAUCACCGUGCCCUUAUUUGUUUGUCGUAGGAGUAAGCACACAUGUGUACAAAUAGAAAAACAGCCCUCAGAUGUUACUCUGUAAACUUUCAGGAUAAUUGUCUCCUCCGAACUCAAAAUACUGGAUGACACUUGUGUAUUUAACGUGACAUUUUAUGACAUUUUAAAUGCCCAUUUGUUUGAUUCUUGAUUUAAUCACUACCCUCCAUUUUGAUAAUUGCGUUCUCUUUCAGUUCUUACAAUACAUAGAUUAAAGCAGCUGUUUCUUUGACUGUAAUGUGCUCGCAAUCUUGUCCGGCAACUCAACAAUGCUACUGUUGACAGCUCAAUGGCAGCUUUGUAGUUCCUUUCAAGAUUUAUUUUCGCCUUACAGCCGUAUACAUUAGUACAAGGGAAUGACUAUUCAAACUCUGGAGCAUAAAGAAGUGUAAUUGAUUGCUUGACUAUAUCAUGACACCAUUCCAUAUUUUAUAAUUUGAUGUUUAGUAUGUACAUAUGUAAACAUUUUUUUUUUUUGUACUGCUUAUGGAAAUCAACAAAUCCCCCACAGUAGAUCAUUCCUUCAUGGCACAGGAGCAGGCCCCCAUUACACAGGAAAAGUUGUACAUAAUAUAGCUAAAGAGUAAUUAUACAUCCCACCAAUCAAUCCACAGCUUUAUUACCUCAUUCAAAUCCAUAGAAACCAAUAAUUUCCAACUUUUUCUGUAGCUUAGAGUGCUCACUUACUACCUCUAAACAAUAUCACCACCAUCGUUUCUUUUGCCCUUAUUUAAUGUUUUUAUGUAGUUAUUUUGAUUACAUCUUGUAACACUGUAAACUCUUCACUCUCUAUGUAAUCUAAUGUAUAUUUUAAUCUUUUAAUAAAAUGCUGUUGCUGGAACCGCAACUUAAAAUGACAAAAAUAAAAAAAUGAAAAUGAUAACAAUUAAUUAAUA